UAAGAUAUCUUAAUGAAUCCAUUAAUUAAAAUAAUCAAUGAAAUGCGAAUGAAAUAAUUUUUAAAGUUUCUUUCGUUUUAUGAACGUUUUUCGAGUAUCAUUUCAAAUCAAUUUCAUGAAGAAUCGCUAUAUUAUAGUACAUCGACGCGCGACAACGUCGUCCAUCUGGUGGUGAUGCACUGUACUAUUGGCACUGGCUCUGAACACGAGCAUAGAAAGAGAAAAAGAGAGAAAGAGAGACACAGGUACGAGACGAGCUUGUGGUGUGAGGUAGUCGUAGCCACCAGUCAACAGCGGAGACGGAGACGGAGAGUCCGAGGUAGCCCGUGCCUGUAGCUGCCCGUGGCUCGUUGUAACUCGUUGUAACGUGACGCGAAGGUGUGCCAAGCUCUUUCGGUUGCCUGUUACUUCGUCCGAAGACGCCCGAUUGCACAUCUACCAUAGUGUCGUAUAUCGAAAGUGUCGGUAGUAGUGUUGUGUGAUCUAUCGGCCUAUCUGUCCUCAUGUGCUAGCCGAAAAAACUGUACCAGCCGAGCUAUACAUCAUUGUGGAAAACUGUCAAGAUUGUCGUGUCCCAGACGCUGCCUUUCAACCCGAAUGCUUUGGACAAUCCUCGUUGCGGUUGUCGAGUUGCACGAAACAUAAGGCACAAUCUGACAAAUGUUCGAACUCGAAUGAUCGAUAGGGAAAAAUCGAUGAGAUCGGAUGGAAAAUUAGAAAUUGCAUUAUAUCGGGAAAAGUAGCUAGCGCAGUCAGAGAGAGGUUCUUUCCAGGAUGCCGCAAGGUUUCGCGAUCGUUCAGACACACCGAGUCGCGUCACGAGCGUGCGGCGAAUUGACCAGCUGAGGAUGUCGGAGCAAAACGGGCCCAGCGAAGGCCCAGGGCCGGGUCCGGGACCGGGCCCCGGUUGGUGGCCAGCCUCGCAGUCUUGGAAGGCGAACUCUUGCACCGCGGCUUCCUCGUCCACCGGCUCCACCGCGUCAGACAACUCCGCCUCCGUCUCUGCCUCUACGUGCACUACCUCUACCUCCUCCUCCCUGGCGACCACCACUUCGCCCACCUCGACCAGCUGCUGUCCCUCGACACCCGGUGGAUGCACGAUCACUGCGGCUCGCUCCUCCGAGACGGGGAAAAAUGUCUCUGUCACAACGAUCAACGUGCCGCCCAAUCAGGAUAUGCACGAUGGCAAGGGUAUAUGCAAAUAUCUCACCGGCCAGAAUGGCGUGACAGUGUCCGUAGUUUCAAGCUGUGGAUCCGUACUAGGCUGUGGAAAUGCGAGCAUCGUGUCUACUACGGGAAUCGGUAACAAUACCGGUACGCAAAGCAUCGGUAUCGGUAUUAAUGUUUUAAGCCAGAAUACAGCAGACGAAGAUGCUGAGGAUAGCGAUGUCGAGAUAAGCAAAAUUGACUUUCGUGGGGUAAAUUUGCGCACGAAGAAGAAGCGAGAUGUGUCGAUUAGUCAGAGUGGUGAAAAAAUCGGUGACGGGGACGUAGAAGAUGCAAAUGGUUGUUAUGAUGGGAACGACGUUUCCCAACAACAACCGGAGAGACCUAUGUCAUGGGAAGGAGAAUUGUCCGACCAAGAAAUGUCUUCCAAUACAAUUACAAAUCAAGAUACACAUGAAGAUACAUCAAUGGAAGGUGUUCAAAUAUGUGGUGCGAGUCCUGGGCCUAUAGAGCAGAAAUUUCCUAUAAAACCAGAACCAGAUUUUCGAUCCAGUCCUGGAUUUACAUUUGGUUCUUUUCACGAUACAGGAUUACCUCUAACUCAUGGUCAUCAAAUACAACAACAACAACAACGCAACAUUGAAAAUCUUGAACAAACACAACAAAACGAUUUGCCUCUUCUUGUAGGAAAAUUACUUGGUGGUUAUAAUAGUUCAACUCCAAAUCAUAGUCCAGUUUUAAAUCCUAGACAUCAUCUGACAAAGCAUAGCCACACAAGAUCACAGGUACCAUCACCAGACUCAGCGAUUCAUUCCGCGUACAGUGUAUUUAGUUCACCAACGCAAAGUCCUCAUGCAGCUCGUCAUUCUGCUCUAGGGGCAGGAAGUCCAGUUCCAUCUUCAUCAUUGUCUUUAUCGCGACAUAGCUUCAACAAUUCGACUUCUUCAUUAUCUUUAUCGUUGUCACAUUCGCUUUCAAGAAACAAUUCAGAUGCCUCAAGCAGCUGUUACAGCUAUGGCUCUCUCAGUCCACCCACGCAUUCACCCGUCCAGCAACCAAGACAUCCGCAACAUCAUCAACAUCAAGUUGCUCAAGGAAGUCCGCUUCAUCUUCCGGCUACAGCCUCGCCUGCCAUUUCUCAUCACUAUUCUUCCUCUGCACCGGGUUCUGAAUUAUCUCCUGAAGGACACGUUGCUACAGACGAUCAAGAAGAUUGUCGAAUACCGUCAGCACCGUCUGGUAUUUCAACUAGGCAACAAUUAAUUAAUAGCCCAUGUCCAAUCUGCGGAGAUAAGAUUAGUGGUUUUCAUUAUGGAAUCUUCUCAUGCGAGUCGUGCAAGGGAUUUUUCAAACGCACCGUCCAAAACCGGAAAAAUUAUGUGUGCCUUAGAGGCGCGGGCUGCCCCGUUACUGUCGCUACAAGGAAGAAAUGCCCCGCCUGCCGAUUUGAUAAGUGCCUCAAUAUGGGUAUGAAGCUCGAGGCGAUUAGGGAGGAUCGCACUAGGGGUGGAAGAAGUACCUACCAAUGUACAUACACUCUUCCAGCAAGCCUUGUUGGUAGUCCUGCAAGUAACAUAGCUAGCGAUAAAUUAGCUACUGGAGGAAAUUGUAGUCCAGCUCCAACUGGUAAUGAACAUCACUAUCCGGCAAGACAUCAUUCAAAUCACUCUCAUAAAAUGCAAGUGGUACCACAACUUCUACAAGACAUCAUGGAUGUAGAGCAUUUAUGGCAUUACAAUGAUAAUGAUCGUAUGACCGGAAGUGGAGGAAUAAAUACUACUAGAAAUAAUGAUGCAAUGUUAUUGGGAGUUGGAAGUGGUGGAGGAACUGGAACAGGAAAUGAUACGAGUUCAAAUAUUGAAUGUUCCUCCAAUGGAACCGCAGGAAACGGUAAUCCCAAUAACAGAAGAGAUGAGAGAUCAUGCUCUAAUGUUUCUAACGUCGGUAAUGAACAACGAGCUACGCCCAUUAGUAGCAGUUCUCAAAUUAAUAAUACAAAUGGUAAUUCAACUCAACAUCCUGAUUUCUUAUCGAACCUCUGCAACAUCGCUGAUCAUCGUCUCUAUAAAAUAGUGAAAUGGUGUAAGAGUUUACCGUUAUUUAAAAACAUUUCAAUUGAUGAUCAGAUUUGUCUGUUAAUUAAUUCCUGGUGCGAGUUAUUGCUCUUUUCAUGUUGUUUUCGGAGCAUGAGCACUCCUGGUGAAAUUAGAGUGUCUCUCGGCAAGUCGAUUACAUUAGAACAGGCUAGACAGCUUGGCUUGGCGACCUGCAUCGAGAGGAUGCUUGCAUUUACUAAUAAUUUGCGAAGACUUCGAGUAGAUCAGUAUGAAUAUGUGGCAAUGAAGGUAAUAGUGUUAUUGACCUCUGAUACAAGUGAAUUGAAGGAACCUGAAAAAGUUAGAGCAUCUCAGGAGAAGGCUUUACAAGCAUUACAACAAUAUACCAUAGCAAGGUAUCCAGAGAUGCCUGCUAAAUUUGGUGAAUUAUUAUUGAGAAUUCCAGAUUUACAAAGAACAUGCCAAGCAGGAAAAGAAUUGUUAAGUGCGAAACGUGCUGAAGGGGAAGGUAGCUCGUUUAAUUUGUUAAUGGAAUUGUUAAGAGGAGAUCACUGAAUUAUUACCACAAUGAACAAUACCAUUCCACGCUUAUAAAAUCUGUAAGCUUAAGGAAUUGGAAUGUAUUAAAUAAUCAAGAAACAACAAAAGUAAAAACAAAACUAUAAACAUUAUGGUCCACGAUACAUUAGUUCUGGGUGAAGGGACUACAUUCUUAUAGAACUAAUUAGAAGUUGAUUGCUUGAUGCAUAAAGCGAAUGAGAAAUGAUGUUUCUUUUCUCUUUUUUUGUUUUUUAUUCUUUCUUUUUAAAUUAAAAAUAGUUUCACGGAGGUAUUGUGUAAUGCAAUUCCGCCUUGAAACAUGAAUUUCGAAGCGGCCUAAUGGUAAGCUCGAAAUGUUCAGCAUGCAUAUUUGCAAAAGAGACUGAAAAUAUAAUCGAAGGAGAGAUACAGAGCAUUUACUUUUACAAUAAUAUCAAUGUACAGAGAUAAAAAGAUUGAGAGAGAGGGAGAGAAAGAAUGAUAGAGAGAAUGAAAGAGAGUAUGAGAGUCGAUAUCAAAUAGCAUAAAAAUGCUAAAUUUUAUUAGGUAGAUUCAAUUUGUUCAAGUAAACGACGAAUACAGAGUUUUAACCUUGAUAAUUAUUAUAAUAAUAAAACAACCAGUAUUUUAUAUUGUUCUGCGCUUACUUAAAAAUAAGACAGAAAAUAAUGUCUUAUAUCCCGGUAAUAAAAGUGUACUUAAAAUAUGAGUCGACCAAUUGUUUACUUAUAGAGCAGUUAAUCGUGUAAUAAUUAAUAGGUAGUAAUAUCGAGCUAACAUAUUGUCAAAACAUUAUGGUUUUUAUCUAUUAUACAUAAAUACAUUUUUUUAUUCUCUGUAUGUUUUAAUAACACGCCAACGACGGAUGAAAGAUUUUACCAACGUAUAUGUCUGUUUUUAAACAGCGAAAAAUGAUUUGCAAUCAUUUUUUUUUUUUUUGUAAAUAAAUUUUAUUUUAAAACAUUUGUUUCCAAA